UCAAUCAUCGACGCCAUGGCCCUCCUCUCUACCUCCAAUUUCUUCUUCUUCUUCUCCUUAAUAUUCUUCUUCCCUCCCUACUCCUCAUACUUUGCAGUCUCUCUACCAACAGCACUUCUCAUUCCCAUUACGAAAGGCCUCUCCACCCUCCAAUACACAACCAUAAUCAAGCAGAGAACGCCUCUGAAACCCACAAAGCUAGUCCUGGACUUGGGUGCUUCUUUCAACUGGGUCAACUGCCAGAAGAACUAUCAAUCCUCUACUUACAAACCCAUUUUCUGCAAUUCCUCCCUCUGCGCUUCCCUCAAAUCCUUGGCUUGCUCCAACUGCUACGAACCCCCUCGUCCAGGCUGCGCCAACGACUCCUGCGCACUCUUCCCAGAGAACUCCGUGACUCGGGACUCCACCAUAGGCGACGCCCUCAUCGACGCCAUCGCCUUGCCCACCACCGAUGGAUACAACCCGGGUCGACUCGUUCUCAUUUCCGAUUUCGUUUUCUCCUGUUCUCGAACUUUCCUCCUCAAAGGCCUGGCCAAGGGUGUCGCCGGGGUUGCCGCGUUGGGUCGAUCAAAUUUCUCCCUCCCGGCGCAGAUUAGCACCACCUUCUCUUCCCAGUACUUGUUUGCGCUUUGCCUGUCCGGUUCAUCCUCGUCCACGGGUGUCGCUUUCUUAGGCACUGCUGGGCCCUACGUGUUCCUUCCACAACAGGUGGACCUCUCCAAAUCACUGAUCUACACAUCGCUCAUCCUUAACCCCGUCAGUGACACCGUCAUCACCUAUUACGGCCAGCCGUCCGAUGAGUAUUUCAUAGGAGUCACAGCUGUUAAAGUAAACGGAAAGGCAGUGCAGUUGAACGAAACACUCUUAGCCAUCGAUGAUGAAACGGGGUUCGGUGGGACCAAGAUGAGCACCGUAGUACCUUACACCACCAUGGAGAGUUCCAUCUACGAGGUUUUCACGGAGGCUUUCAUCAGUGAAGCCGCAGCACUGAACCUCACUGUGAUCAAACCCGUGAAGCCGUUCAAUGUGUGUUUUCCGGUGGAUGAGGUGGGGAGCACAAGGGUGGGACCAGCGGUGCCGACCGUGGAUCUGGUGAUGGAGCAGAAGGAGAAUGUGUUUUGGAGGAUAUUUGGGGCGAAUUCGAUGGUGAAGUUAGGGGAAGAGGGAGAGGAGAUGUGGUGUUUGGCUUUCGUGGAUAGUGGGAGAAAUCCAAGGACAUCGAUCCUGAUAGGUGCUCAUCAGAUGGAGGAUAACCUGUUGCAGUUUGAUGUAGGGUCCAAGAGGCUUGGGUUUAGCUCUUCGCUUCUACUCAAGCAAACCACCUGCUCUAACUUCAACUUCACAUCCUCCUCCUCCUCCUCCAACAACCGUUAGAUCACCUGCAGUAUUCACUUUGUUUGCUAGUCGUUCGAUUUGUUUUGUUUACAACCAUUUUCCCAUAAAACAAACAUGACU